CACCCUCAACUUUUCACGCCCUAAACGAGUCCAAUGCCCAUUUGCCACGGAUGCGGGGACCCUCUUUGUUUUCCAGCCGCGUCCGUCCGUGAAUACGGCCAAUAAUGUAAGUGAGGGGCGGGGAGCAGCGCGGUCUGCGGAUCCAGUGUGCGAGUGAGCGUGUGGCGGAGUGCCGAGCGGAGAGAGGCAGCGGCAGUGGCGGCGGCGGCGGCGGCGGCAGAGAUGGGCUCACACCUCUGAAUCACACUCGCCCUCCAGUCAGGCUUCUCUGAGAUCUGGGAAGACCGGCGUGUGUUUUUUUUUCCUCGGAGGGGGUUGCUUGUUGUAGCCAUAAAGCCGGUUCGCUACGAGAGGUGGAGCAGUAGGGUAUAGUUGCAUUCCGACGCUCAGUACUCUUGUUGUCUCACCUGCACAAGCGCUGUAACAACAAUGCAUCAGGAUAAGUACUUACCUGAGCUGGUGGCCGAGAAAGAUAGCCUGGACCCCUCCUUUGUGCAUGCCAUGCGUCUGCUAGCAGAAGAAAUCGGGAAGUAUGAGGGUGAUGAAUUGAGAAAAGAUGGCAACAUGAAGAAGUACCUAGAUAUCAUCAGUAAUAAAAAUAUCAAGCUGUCCGAAAGAGUCCUCAUUCCUGUCCAACAGUAUCCAAAGUUUAAUUUUGUUGGGAAGCUGCUGGGACCGCGGGGAAACUCCAUGAAAAGAUUACAAGAGGAAACAGGAGUAAAGAUGUCCAUCCUUGGCAAAGGUUCCAUGAGGGACAAAGGCAAGGAGGAAGAAUUAAGGAAAAGUGGGGAGGCCAAGUACGCCCAUUUGAGCAACGAUCUUCACGUUUUAAUUGAAGUCUUUGCUCCACCUGGAGAGGCCUAUUCCCGUAUGAGUCAUGCCUUGGAGGAGAUAAAAAAAUUUCUAGUUCCAGACUACAAUGACGAGAUAAGACAGGAGCAACUGAGAGAGCUUUCCUUCUUGAACGGGUCUGACGACACUACCAGAGGAAGAAGUGUACAAACAAGGGGCUUACGACCAGCUUCCACACUAUCCACAAGGGGCCAUGGAGGUGUAGGACGGGGUGCAGUAGCAUCUCGGGGGAAAGCAGCAACACACAGCGCCCUUCCCACCACUGUUUUAUCAAGGGAGGUACAAGCUCCACGAGCCAGGAGUGCAGCAGGGAAUCCGGGAUACAGGCCCCCGCUGUUACCGCUCACACAUGAAUCAUACGACGACUAUGGCUACGAUGAUGGAUAUGAUGAAGAAUAUGAUGAGGAGAGUUAUGAUGCUUACGAAGAUAACUACAGCAAUCAGUCCAAGAGUAUUUCAGAAUAUUAUGAAUAUGGACAUGGAACCAGCGAUGAAGCCUACAACAACUACGAGGAAGAGUGGACAGCUACCCGUCCAAGCCUCAAAGCCCCAGCGUUACGGCUGACAAGAGGGGGCUACAGAGAUCAUCCCUAUGCCUUUACGUCGUCAUCCGUCUCCCUCUGAACUUUUUAUCAAGAACCCAUAAAGCAAAUAAAUCUACGUCAUCAAACGUUGUUGAAGUAUGCGGAUGUUUUUGAUAAGAUGGACUGAUUUUUAGACCAAUACACAGUGGAAACGACAAGAGACGCUUAAACAGUCACACAUGCACGGAGAGCUGCUCUUGACAUGGCUGUGUUAAUGCCCCCACUACCCCUGCCGCAAAAAUGUUAGAGUUAGCUCAGAUUUUUGACAUUAAACUUUUGGCACAAGCUGGGUAGUAGAAACUCAUGCAGACUUUUUUCCAGUAAUGUUGACAAAUCAAUAUGUUUUUGGUCUUUCAUGCAGUGCUUAAAGGGAUGGUGGAAAUUUUGGUGGUCCGUCUUUCCGUCUCACUUUGCUUCCUUUGCAGUUCCUUGAUAAGCCCUCUAGAGGCACACUCUAUUAUUUGAGAAAGACAGCUUUUAGGUAUUCCAAUAUUAAGGUUAUUUAUGUUUUUUUGCAUUUUACAUAUUUAUGCUCACAGUUUUUCGCCACAUGUCGGUGUUAGUAUAAACGCAACAAAUUCAGUUGUUUUUCCAAGACAAUGAUCUGCUAAUUUUGUCCCUUGAAGCUUCUGCAGAGCAUGUUAGGCUUGUUACUCAUUUAUAGAUCAAUAUAUUUAGAAUAUACUGUUAUUUUUUAUUAUUUAGUCUUUUCAAACAUAAGAAAAAAUGCUUAUGGCUGCGGUUCCUGUCACUUCUUGCAUCAUUUGUUGUGUAUCUUUUACAUUUUGCAGAAAUUAAUAUUACUGGAGUGUAUUAUUGAGUAAUUAAAGCACACUGCUAUAGAAGACACAGUAAUGCCCUGCUGGCAUCCAUUAAAGGCAACAUGUUUCCUAAAAUAAAAGACACAGCUUCAAAACUGGUCUGUAUGAUUUUCCAUUACUUCAUCGAACAAAUGUUUAAUGUCCAGAAAUCUAAACGAAUACUCUAAGACAUGGACUCCUCCCACAACUUGUUUGUUGUUUGAUACGCUGAUGAUAUUAUGGUAAAAGUGAUUUGAUGCCACAGAUUAAAGUCAGCUAAGGUGAUAAUGUCUUUCUAAAUAUUCUCAGAUGUUAGAUCGUGAUCGUGCAAAACACAUUUUUUUAUGUUGGGGUUUGAAAGCAGUCAGCAAUGUACAGUGUGUAACUUACAAUGCGUGCUUUGUUCUGUGUUUAAUCUGUAUCUGUAAAUAAAGCAUUUAAUAAAAACGGCAU